AUGCUCGAAAGUCCUUGGGUUGCCGUCGAAUUGAAUCCUUCAGACGGUCAUGUUGAGAAUCCCUUCUUAGCCAGCAUGAACCCCGAGCAAAUGCACCGUCUGCACCGACGGAUUAGGUUGUGGGAGGAGGAAGUUCGUAGGCAGAGCCUGCGAUUUCUCAGUGGAAGCAAGAAGUUCAGGUCACUGCCAAGACAACUCGAGUCUGUCGGUGAGGGUCAUCCCGAUAAGAUCGCCGAUCAGGUCUCUAAUGCCUUCCCUCGACUCCUGCUCCGGAGACGAUACUUUGGCGGCAACGUUAUGUCUCCUGGCCAAGUUGCGCAAUUCGAGUGUGUCGCCAAGGAGUGCCAAUACGAGCGCACAUACCCGCUUCAUGACGGGGCGUCCCUCAAGCUGGCUCGUGAGCAGCCUAUUCCUCCCGCAAGUCCCAUUCGGGACCUCAUGUUCAAGGUCGCUUGCGAGACCGCCACCGAGGCCACCCAAACGGUCAUGGUUGCUGGAAGCUCCCAGGACACAGAAGAUCUCAAAGAGCUUGACUGUAUCUCCUGGUCAAGUUGCGGUACUUGCGCUGGUGUUGCCAAGGAGCGCCAAUACGAGCGCAAGUACCGCAAGCCGCAUACAAAGGCAUCAGAAGUCGACCUCAAGCAGUUCGAGUUCCAAAAUGAGCAGCCCAUUCUUCCUUCAACUGUUUUCUUUUUUGCUGGUCCGCACGUCAGCAGGGGAACCGUUCGGACCCUCGCCAUCACCUCAUCACAACCCUUCGUCAUCCCCAUCAGUGCGGGGCGUGGGCUCUCCAUUGAGGCCGAGACGGGUGUCGCUAUCCUCGAGCUUCAACUGGUCGAGAGUGUACACAAUUUAACAACGUGGAUGGCUCAAUGCAAUGCAAGGCUUGACAAUAAUCAUCUUGCACGUGUCGGAACAGGGUUCAGGACCUGA